AAGGCGUUGGCUUCGGUGUGGGGCAAGAGCCGUGCCGGGGGCGGGGCCGGGGCCGACAGUGGGCGUGCGUGCGGGAGGGCGUGGGGGUGGUAGGUGUGGGGCCCAGGGAGGCGGCCGAGGCGGUGCAGUGCGAGGCCGGAGGGGAGGCGACGCAGCUCAGGCGGCGGCGAUGCUGGAGACCCUGCGCGAGCGGUUGCUGAGCGUGCAGCAGGAUUUCACCUCCGGGCUAAAGACUUUAAGUGACAAGUCCAGAGAAGUGAAAGUCAAAAGCAAACCCAGGACUGUUCCGUAUUUGCCAAAGUACUCUGCUGGACUAGAAUUACUUAGCAGGUAUGAAGAUACCUGGGCUGCACUUCACAGAAGAGCCAAAGAAUGUGCCAGUGCUGGAGAGCUGGUGGACAGUGAGGUGGUUAUGCUCUCUGCGCACUGGGAGAAGAAGACGACGAGCCUGAUCGAGUUGCAGGAGCAGCUGCAGCAGCUUCCGGGUUUAAUAGCAGAUUUGGAAUCCAUGACAGCAAAUCUGGCUCAUUUGGAGGCCAGUUUUGAGGAGGUAGAAAAUCGCCUGCUUCAUCUGGAGGACUUGUGUGAGCAGUGUGAGUUAGAAAGAUGCAGACAUGUGCAAUCCCAGCACCUGGAGAAUUACAAGAAGAGUAAGAGGAGUUUUGCACAGGCCUUGUUCGUGCGCUGCCACGUAUUCAAGGGGAGCCCUCUGCGGGCUUGCAAGACUCUUCCUCAGAGCGGCUUUUGCUCGGUGUUGCUGUGUCUCUGCCGCUCCAGCUGCCGCAAUCGAUCGCCCCAGACUCCUCCGCCCUGCCUCACCCCAGAGCCCGCAGCUCUUCCUCGUUCCCCGGCUCCACUGCAUCCUGCGGAAACCUCCAAGGCAAGGCAAGGCGCCGGGCAGCACAGGGCUCGCCUCACUUGUCGCUUACUGGUCAGGAACCCUCGCAUCUCUUCCGGAACAUCUGUGCCACACACGCCCCCCCCACAUCCCUCCCUAUUAACCCGGGGCCUCCACGCCGAGGUAUAGCCCCAGCCCUUUUUAUUGUUAUUUUUAUUUUUCACUUUGACACAAGGAAAGUCCUGCCUCAGGAGGGGAUGUAAUUGGCCCCGACCUCCCUGACAAGUCAGAAAGCAAGCCUCAGAAGAAUCAGACUGUUUCCACCUAAAUUAACUACCUCAGAAAAGCUCAAGAAUAUUGAUAGGGUUACAGAAAUACCAGCUCCCAGCAAGAUGCUUCCCAGUGUCUGGCAUGCAGUCAGGACCACUAGCAGACGUGCUGAGGAAGACAGCCAGUCCGAAUUUGCCGGAACUGGCGCAGAUGUUCGAAUCAGCAGGCGAGGACGGCGGCGAAGACAGUUGCUGGAACUGUGCUCUGAGUUCAGCAAGUUAAGUCGGGGCAUGGGAAAUACCUUGAAAGAUAUUCCCAGAACAGAACAGAACAGAACUUGGGUCUGUUUUCUCCUUUUACUCUCUCCCUCCCUCCUGGAUGGUAGAAGCCCGUUAAACUUUUUACUUUAUUAGAUUUAUUGUAGCUUGGUAAUCACACUUGCUAGGUAGGCAGUUACCUCUGGAAAACAGACUAAGUGCGAUGAUUUAGUUGGUUUCAAGAAUGUGUAAUCACAUCUUGUAUUUUCUUUCAAAAUUAAACCUAAGCCAAUGAAGUUGGCAAGGGAUAGAACUGAACAAGAUUCUUGCUCUCAGGAUUCUGUUAGAAAAUAAAUCUUGGCAGUUUCUGACUUUGUACAUAGUCAUGAGAACAGAUGUAGCUAGAAUAUUUAACAGUUUAUUAGAUCCUUGGGUUGACAGUAAAUACAGUUUAGGACUGAGGAUUUAAGUUCUUCAACCUUUAUUUUGAACAAUGACUACCUGUUUACCGUUAACAUUUUUCUGUAAUUGGUUUACAAUACUCUUCUUGAACUUUUUCUCUCUGUUGUGCAAAUGUCAUUCUGUAGAUUGGGGUUUAUAAAGGUUUGAAAGUUUUUGUUUUUGUUCUUUUUUGGUCCCGGGGAUCGAACUCGGGACCUUGCGCUCUUGAGGCAGGCAGCAGAACCACUGAGCUACAUCCCCGGCCCUUGUUUUUGUUCUUUUGAAUCAGUCUCACUAUGUAGCCCCGGCUGGCCUUGAACUCAGAGCAAUCCUCCUGCCUUGGCUUCCUGAGUGCUGGGAAGGUUUUUGUUUUUAACAGAGGCAUGAAAACAAAGUAUAUCCUUGAAGUAGAGAGUAGGCAAGACUUAAAAGAAGGAGCAAUCUUGACAAAAAAACCUUUGCUAAGCUCUGAAACUUAGCAAAACAUAGUUGUGAUCAUCCUGGUUUUAAGAAAAAUGUUACUCUUUUUUCCAAAGACAGUUUGGUUAUAAUGCUUGCUUGUUAUAAUUUACAAAGGCUGUAAUAGCUCUCAAUGUUUUAGAAUCAGUUUAUUAAAUUUGGAACAAUACUUUAAAUGUCCUAUUACAGUUUUGAAGUUUGUUUCCUCAUUGGUUAGUGGGGUUAUUUGUUUUGGGUUUUGGGGGCGGUAUGAGAAUCUGAAUUUUAUUUUUUUCUAUUUGCAGCCUUAAUAUUUUUUUC